AUGGCUCCUGAUAGGAUACCCGGCGAGGGGACUGCUGUCUUCGUGCUGCGUGAGUACGUCAUCCCAUUCGCGGUGUUUGCCUUCAUGACAGUGUGGCUGGUUCGGCAUGUGGUGCUGCCAAUGUGCGCAGGCGGCGUCGUCUUCACGCGGGCAGAUGUCCUCAGCGAGCACGACGCACAGCAGCCGAAGGAGGAGGUCGACCCUCCACGCGACUAG